GGGCGACGGAGCUACUAAGCGAUACGACUCUUGAGGUAUCCGUGACGAGGGGUACCCCUUCCCGCACGCCGUUCAUCACUCCCGUCCUCGUACAUUAAAUCAGGGCGCCAUUCACUCCCAGUCUCCGACCCCAAGGUCAGGCGAUUGUAUGGCUAUCUAGGUGGGCGAUCAUUGAUGUCUGAUCACCCCCCUAAAGGCCCCUUGAUGAUGGAACAUUUCGAUCGGGGGACCGCACUGCAUAGCAUACUUACAUGUACGGAUACCCGUAGCCCAUGGAUGAUGGAAAAUAGCUGGCUGGACUGGCCCAUGAACUCUGCUCACUCACCUCAAGGCACAAGUUCCCUCGUCGGCUCUGCCCUCAUGGGUGCGGUACCACAAUACCUGAAGAAUAUCCAUACAUUCCCCUCACAGUCUUCGUAUUCAAAUACUUCUGGAGCGGGCGGCCCAUCUUUUUUUCUCUCUCGCGUUGGUAAUCUUCCAUUUGUUCCUUCAAUCUUCGAUGAGCGAGCGCGUUCACUUGACAGAUCCAAGCUUGCAUUGACCCCCUCUGGGGAGGAUUCGCAACGGAGCCGAGGUGAGGUUAGAGGCUCGAAGCCAAGCCAAGCCCGAGGAGGGUUAAAAAGAAGAAGGAGGAACAUUACGCGCAGGUCGGUUUCGGCACGUGAAAUGAACAGCUUGUUUGCAAAAUAUGUUAGGACCAAUGUUCGGAUGGAAGGAAAAAAAAGGCGAGAGACAAUUGACGAAACAACGUGGGGAAAUGGCCAGACAGGCGGCCCUCGGCUCACUUAUUCACUCACUCACUCACUCACUCAACUCUCGGCCGCAGCGGGCCACCAGGGCCACGGGCGCGCGGACGAUCUGGCACAUCUCACUCACCACAAGUUUGUUUCCGCGGCACCGCCGUCCCGGAACAUGCAUCCAAUGCUUCCCCGGGCCCCCGGAACUGGGUGUCGGGGGGCUUGUUAAGCAAACAUUUGUUUAAUCAACAGCAAUCCUUAGCCUUGCCAAUCCAAACCGGCCACAACUCUGUUGGUGCAGGGGGG